AUGAACUCGAUUGCGGCGGAGCAAGUGCCAGCCAUAUAUGAGCGCAACCCCCGGUCAUCAAGCGAUGACUUGAAUACUCAAUCUCGGCUCUCGUCUUCCCAGCAUGAUGUCGACGAAGAUGAUGACCCAGGUUUACGCAAACCUGGCGACUUCAGGAAGAAGCAGGUUUUCAAAGGGAAAAUGCUUCUUUGGCUUGCCUACCAAUCUAUUGGAGUUAUCUAUGGUGACAUAGGAACUAGUCCGCUUUAUGUGUACUCCUCUACCUUUACUGAACCUCCCUCACGUGAAGACCUCGUCGGGGUGCUCUCGAUCAUCAUCUGGACUUUAUUUAUGAUGGUCACGGUUAAAUACAUCAUCAUCAUCCUGCACGCAGAUAACGAAGGGGAGGGGGGCACAUUUAGCACCUAUUCUCUGCUCAGUCGCUACAUGAAUAUCACCAAUCGCGAUCCUAGAGAAGCAUCUUUUAUCCUGAUGAAGAGAUAUCCUACUCUCGAUCUCGAACGGGCCAGCAAAUAUGCGCGCCACCGACUAGAGUCAAGCAAGUUUGCAAAGUUUUUGCUGAAGGUGAUGGGAAUCUUGGCAGUGACUAUGGUCAUCUCAGAUGGAGUCCUCACCCCAGCCCAAUCGGUGCUGGGUGCUGUGCAAGGUAUCGAGGUGGUCUCUCCACACAUAUCGAAAGGCACGGUGAUUGGGGUAACGGACGCCAUACUAGUGGUGCUAUUCCUGAUCCAGCCCUUGGGGAUUACAAAGAUCACCUUGGCUUUCUCACCAAUUGUUAUAGUAUGGCUGGGAUUCAAUGCUGUCUUUGGGAUCUACAAUCUUGCCAAAUACGAUGCUGGAGUAUUCAUUGCUUUCAACCCCGGGUUGGCUUUCGAGUUUCUUUCUCGCCACGGUACACAAGGUUGGAAGACACUUAGCGGCACAUUGCUAGCUUUUACUGGUGUUGAAGCUCUCUUUGCGGAUCUUGGAGCUUUCAGCAGGAGAGCCAUUCAGAUCAGCUGGCUUUGCUACACGUUCCCCUGCCUGCUGCUAGCGUAUAUCGGACAGGCAGCCUAUAUCAGUGUUCAUCCAGAGGCGUACUCAAAUCCUUUUUUUAAUGCGGCGCCACCAGGCACCAUAUAUCCUUCUUUAGUUAUUGCAAUUUUGGCGGCCAUUGUCGCCUCGCAGGCUAUCAUAACCGCAACUUUCCAGCUCCUGAACCAAGUUAUGAAGCUUUCGUAUUUCCCCCAAAUGAAAGUCGUUCACACGUCCAAAAUAUUCCAUAACCAGCUGUAUAUCCCUCUUGUGAACUGGCUUCUCAUGAUCGCGACGAUCCUUGUGGCUUCAAUCUACAAUAAUACUACAUCCCUCGGAAAUGCAUACGGUGUCUGCGUCAUGUUUGUGACAUUCUUCGAUACGUGCAUGGUCAGCCUCGCAGCGAUCUUCGUCUGGCGCAUCAACCCCCUCUUCGUCGUGCUGCCUUUCCUCAUAAUUGGUUCUUUGGACGGUGCAUAUCUAUCCUCGGCGUUGACGAAAGUCCCCCACGGCGCAUGGUUUACCCUUGCUCUUGCGACGUUACUAGCCUUGAUCUUCCUCCUCUGGCGCUAUGGGAAGGAGCAGCAAUGGUUCGCAGAAGCAGAGGAUCGCUUCCCGACAUCACAUAUCGUCGUCAAGGGCGCAGAAGGGCAGCUCCAUCUGACAGAUCGCUUCGGAGGAACUACACUAAGCACCACCAAGGGAUUAAGCGUCUUCUUUGAUAAAGCUGGGGAGACCACGCCCACGGUUUUUAGCCAGUUCGUCCUUAAGCUCACCUCCAUCCCCGAGGCGAUUGUUUUCUUCCACCUGCGACCACUCGAAAGGCCCUGUGUGCCGUCUGAAGAAAGGUACACGGUCUCUCGACUGGCCAUCCCGGAUAGUUACCGUCUGGUAGUACGCUACGGCUACAACGACGAGAUCAUCCCUUCGGAUAUGGCGGAGGUGAUCACGGCACAGAUCCGCGAGUAUAUAGUGCAGCGGGGCGACGACAGAAGAGGUACGAUGGAAGGUAUCCCUGAAGUUGUCGCAGAAGGCAGUCAGUCUAGCCAACUCAGCCGGAGUAGUCGGUCCCAGAAUCGUCUGGAAAGGCUCGACAACGCGUACUCGCGCCGGGUGAUAUAUAUCAUGGGCAAGGAGGAGAUGAAGAUCAAACAGGGCACAAACAUAUUCCGCCGUCUGAUUCUCGGCAUUUUCCUCUGGCUAAGGGAAAAUACGAGGGCGAAGAUGGCUUCUCUGGGACUUCCGAUUGAUAGGAUUGUCGAGGUUGGAUUUUUGAAGGAGAUUUAA